CAAACAAAGCUCGCUUAUCAGAGAGAGAAAGAGAGAGAGACAGGACUGCCCUCUCAGCAUCAUGUGUGACCAGACGUUUUUAGCGAUCACGUUCGGGGCCUGUGACAACUGCAGCAUAAACAAACCUCUGAUGAACAUCUACCUGCACAAUGAGCCAGUUAACUACUGCUCACUGUGUGUGGAGAAGAUGGCGUGUCAUGGUCUGGGGAAGGGAGAGAGUGUGGCAUCACUGAAGGUUGAAGCGGAGAGUUUAAAGGUGAAACUGGAGCAGGAACGAGCCAAACUGCACGAUGCAGAGUUGAAUCAGGUGGCAGAGAAAGUUGAAGCUCUGGGUGCAUUUACACUGAAGAGCCGCCGCACACUGAAGGGUCACAGUAAUAAAGUGCUGUGUAUGGACUGGUGCAGUGAUAAGAGACGCAUCAUCAGCUCCUCACAGGACGGGAAGGUCAUCAUCUGGGAUGCGUUUACGACAAAUAAGGAGCACGCCAUCACCAUGCCCUGUACCUGGGUGUUAGCGUGUGCAUACGCUCCCUCUGGCUGUGUGGUAGCGUGUGGUGGGUUGGAUAAUAAAUGCUCUGUCUAUCCUCUUUCUCUGGAUAAGAGUGAGAAUUUAGCAGCAAAGAGGAAACCGGUGGCUGUUCACACCAACUACCUCUCAUCCUGCAGCUUCACCAACUCUGAUAUGCAGAUCCUGACCUCUAGCGGUGAUGGUACAUGUGCAUUAUGGGAUGUAGAGAGCGGGCAGCUGCUGCAGAGUUUCCAUGGUCACUCAGCUGAUGUGCUCUCACUGGACCUGUCUCCAUCUGAGACUGGAAACACCUUCGUAUCUGGAGGUUGUGAUAAGAAGGCUAACGUGUGGGACAUGCGCUCGGGCCAGAACAUCCAGUCCUUUGACAUUCACGAGUCAGACAUCAAUGCUGUAAAGUACUACCCGAGUGGUGAUGCUUUCGCCACUGCAUCUGACGAUGCUACAUGCCGUCUGUAUGACCUGAGGGCCGACCGUGAAGUGGCCGUGUACUCUAAAGAGAGCGUCAUCUUUGGUGCCUCCAGUGUGGACUUCUCUCUUAGUGGGCGUCUGCUGUUUGCUGGCUAUAACGACUACACUAUAAACAUAUGGGAUGUGUUAAAGGGAACCCGGGCAGCGAUCCUGUACGCUCACGAGAACCGGGUCAGUAAGGUCCGGGUGUCACCUGACGGUACCGCGUUCUGCUCGGCAUCGUGGGACAACACGCUGAAGAUCUGGGCUUGACUCGAGUCCUCAGUGAGUUUUGGAGCUGAUAUGAAGAUGGAUUCAGAAGUGACUCUUUUAUUUCUAACCCAUUUCUGUUGUCAUUCAUUUCUCUAACUCAGUCCUCGGUGACUCGUACCUGAUCACCAGGUCACACGUUAUCGUUUACUUAAAACGCUUAGUGUGUACGUUAUAAAGAAUUAAGACAUUUAUAAAUACUAAACAUUAGCAUAAUGUAGUCAUGAAGUAAUCAUGAAAGUGUGGAACUGAGUCAAAUUAAUAUUAAAGUGAUUCAGUUAUCACUCUGAUUCUGAUUCAUCAUUGAUUCUGAUUCAUCAUUGAUUCUGAUUC